AUGUCCACUGCUGCUCCCACGAGCUCGGAUUCGUCGCUGCCCUCCGCUUCCCAAGAGCUCCAGCGCCCACGCCGCCUAUCAGUGACGACUGCAAACGCGCUAACGAACUUUAGCGAGCUGCAGUCGCAUUUCUAUGGCCACCGCCUCGUGGUGUUUCUGGACUACGACGGGACACUGACGCCGAUCGUGAACGACCCGGCGCUGGCUCUGCUGUCGCCCACGAUGAAGCACACGCUCGAGAAGCUGCGCGAGCAGUUCAUCGCGGGCGUAAUCACGGGCCGAUCGCUGGACAAGAUCCAGAAGUUUGUCGGCAUUCCGCAGCUCUAUUACGCUGGCAGCCACGGCUUUGAUAUUAAAGGGCCAGAUGGGACGUCGAUCAAGAACCAAGUGGCGACGCCGUUCCUCGCAGACUUGCGGGAGCUGCGGGAUGAACUCCAAGCGCAGAUCCAAGACAUUGAAGGCGCAGAAGUGGAAGACAAUGUCUUUUCAGUGUCGCUGCAUUUUAGAAAUGUCAAUCGAGCCUUGUGGCCGCAGAUGUCGAGUAUCGCGUACACUGGGCGGGACCAGCAUCCACGUAUCAAACUCAACGAAGGGAAAAUGGUGUACGAGUUCAAGCCCAAGCUCGACUGGAACAAGGGGAAAGCGCUACUGUGGCUCCUCCAAGCUCUUGGACUGGACGGGCACAAUGACGUCUACACUAUCUACAUUGGCGACGACACCACCGAUGAAGACGCGUUCCAGCUCUUUCGCGCCCAUGAUGCUCGCAAGGGCGUCGGGAUCAUUGUCACCGAAGAGAGCACGUCCACGGACGCGUCGUUCACGCUGCGUGACACGAACGAGGUGUGCGAGUUUUUGAACCGUUUGAUCGCAUGUGGCGAGGGAUACAAGAGUGCACCGAGCAGUCCCCAGCCAGCUAACCCGUCCCCGGCGCAGUAG